ACCAACCGAAGAUGCGAAAUUUCCUAGAUUAUUGAAUCAAGCGCGCCAUGUUGCAAAUCACAAAAUGACAGCCAGGUCAAUUUUGCAAGUUUUCGACCAAUACCAAAAAGCGCGCCUUAACUUUGUUAAAUCAAUCGCUGAAUUAGCGCUACGCCCCGCCAACAUCCCAAUCCUCGACGAGCAGAACAUCCUAGAACUCCUGCAGCCCCUUCUAAGCGAUGUGUGCAAACAAAUCCAAAACUGCGCCACGAUCGCCCUCGGCCGAAUCAUCCAAAACGACCACACCAUGGCGAAAAAAUUCACCCAAACCCACCUGAUCACCCUCCUGUUGGCAGCCCUGCCCAAAGAAAACAAGCACCAGAAAAACUCGAUUCUUUUCGUCUUGCGAUCGGUUUGUAAAUAUGACCCGCAAUUGGCGAAUUUCAUCGUUGAAACGGGAGCCCUCAACGCGGUUAUAACCUGUAUGGAGGAUUUUGAACCGUCGGUUCAGGAGUCGGCUGCGUGGGUUAUCGGUUACAUCGCACGUCAUAAUCAAAAUUUGGCCAAGAAAUGCAUAGAAGCCGGCGCUGUGCCUUUGCUGAUUAUGUGUCUUCAAGGGCCACACUUGACUCUGAAGCAGAUUUCGGCAAGUGCCUUGUGUGAUAUUGCGAAACAUUCGAUAGAACAGGCGCAGAAUAUUGUGGAUGCUGGCGCAAUUCCGUACUUGGCCAAGAAUUUGAGUAAUUUAGACGAGAAAUUGAAACGGCAAGUUUUGGCCGCUUUGAGCGCCUGUGCCAAACAUUCAGCUGAACUGGCCGAAGUCGUAAUCGAAGCUGAAGUCUUCCCUUGUGUUUUCCUCCACAUGGCACACGCGUGCCCCCACGUCCGGAAAAACGCAGCCGGUUUAACCCGCGACGUUGUCAAACACACUCUCGAGCUCACACAACUUAUCGUCAACACUGGCGGAAUCGGCGCUUUGAUGGAGCUCCUCACCGAAGACCCGGGGGAAGCCCGUAUCCCCUGCAUCACCGCCUUGGGAUACAUUGCAGGUCAUUCCGAUCAAUUGGCAAUGUCUGUGCUCGGUUGUAAGGCGAUAGUUUUACUCGGAGCGAUUUUGAACGAAUCGAAAGACGAAAAUGUGUUAGCGGUGACGGCGUGGACUAUUGGCCAAAUCGGCAAACAUAGUCCAGAGCAUGCCAAAGCUGUGGCAGCGGCGAACUUGUUCCCUAGGUUGGUACAACUGUAUGCAAGCGAAGAGACGUCGGAAGAUCUCAAAUUUAAGUGUAAAUUGGCGUUGAAGUUGUGUUUGCAGAAGUGUCUCCUGGUGGCGGCGCUUGAACCGCUGUUGUAUGAUGCGCCCCCAAAUAUACUCAAGUAUGUGCUGGGGCAGUAUAGUAAGAUUUUGCCUCACGACCCCAAAGCUCGGCGCCUUUUUGUCACAACUGGCGGUUUGAAGAGAAUGCAGCACAUUGAAGCCCAGCCGGGAACUACGCUCAUGGAAUACAUAUCAAUUAUUAAUUCCUGUUUCCCGGAAGAAAUCGUUCGAUACUACUCGCCCGGAUAUCCGGAAACAUUGCUAGAUAAAGUGGAGCAAUACUCCCCACAAAUGAUGACGGUGCUGCAAGAAGUGUCGAGUAAAAACGAAGAAGCGCAAGUUAUGCUACCGCAUGCUUCCCCAAGUGAAGAAUUGGAGAAUCUGUUGAUUUGAUAAAUUAUGGUGCGAAAAUAAAUUAAUAAAUAAAA